AAAUGCUUCUCGUUUUUGUGAAGAAAAUAAGUAAACGGAUUGAAAGCACGCCCAGCUUGACUUUGAGAUGAUUGAAGACAGUUUUAAAGUUGAAGCGAUUUUGGACUAUGGCGUGGUUGUUAAGAGCACAAACAAAAUUUGAGGAAUAAGGAGGGAGAUAUUUUUUUCGGGAACAUUUAGUAAACCCCCGGUUUUCAAAAUCGAUUAAUCUAGUUGCGACGUCAGUGGGUGAGUCACGUGAAUGCUUGCGUGGUUUGCCGGCCGACGCAGCGCGCAUCACGGGAACAUCUCGCCGUCGCGCCCCGUAUACCCGACCACGCGUUCUCCGCUGCCUCGGUCCGGAGUAUCCAGCCAUUUUCACCAGGCUGUCCGACACUACCAGCACAUCAGCUUCAAGUCCCAGCCACUGAGUGAUUCGGACCGGUGAUCGUCUUAUAAUCCGUUAGUGUCAAAGACUAUUUUGACGGGAAAGAUGGAAGGGUUUUUCUCCGUGGUGAUCAUGUUUUUGUCUCUGGUGGGGUCAAGUCUGGGCAAGUUCACGAACGUGACUGACCGUUGCUGCCCAGACAAUUGUUGCAAUGGGAUCAUGUUCGGUGGUCUGACGGGAAAUGCUCCGGAGAUUUUACCCACGAACUGCAAUGACAUCAGAGAGCUGGGUGGGGGCAAAGAUGGUCUGUACACCAUCUACCCCUCCUAUGUCGAUAACUGUGACGGCAUCAGGGUGUACUGUGACCAACAAACAGACGGUGGCGGAUGGACGGUGAUCCAGCGCCGAAUGAACGGCUGGGUGGACUUUCAACGAGGGUGGGACGAGUACCGUGACGGCUUCGGUUUCCUGACGGGGGAGUUCUGGCUGGGGCUGGAAAUCAUCCACCACAUGAGCAUCCAGGCACCUACAGAGCUGGUCAUCUACAUGGAGGAUUGGCUCAACACCAUUGCACGGGUCCACUACUGGAACUUCUAUGUGUUAGACGAGUCGCUAGGCUACAUGCUGAGCCUCAAGAACUAUGACAUCGGAAGUGACGUCGGUGACGGGCUCUCCCUCCACAACGGCAUGAAGUUCAGCACGUUUGACAGGGACAACGACCGCAGCCUUGAGAACUGCGCCGAGACGCACACGGGGGCCUGGUGGUACAACAACUGUAUGCAGUCCAACCUGAACGGCCGGUACCUGCGGGGCAACAACCCAGCGCAGUCGGGUCAGGGGGUUGUCUGGACACCCUGGACCGGCACCACGUACUCGCUCAAGACUGUAGUCAUGAUGAUGCGCCACGUGGUUUAACAUGGCUUGGUUUGUGGUCCUUGCACUCUGAAAAGUCACGGUAUGAUUUGACCCGAAAUCCGGUUUCUAUUUGGCCUGCCACCUUUCCGUGUCAAAAUGCCACUUUUCCGGGUCAAAGUGCCACUUUUCCGGGUCAAAACGACAUUUUUCGGGUCAAAACGACACUUUUCCAGGUCAAACCGACACUUUUCCAGGUCCAAAUGACGGGUUUCAUUCCGGGUCAAAUGACCCGGAAAAUCGACACUUUUCCAGGUCAAACCGACACUUUUCCAGGUCCAAAUGACGGGUUUCAUUCCGGGUCAAAUGACCCGGAAAAUGAACCACUGGGUCAAAUGACCCGAAAAAUCAGUAGAAUUUUUUUUCUUUUAUCAUUUUGACCCGGAAAAGUGUCAGGCCCAAUAUGUCUCGAAUUCCCGGGUCGAAUCUGCCCGGGGACUUUUUUAGAGUGCAUGGCAACGGCUGUUGUGAGAAGCUAGUCAGGACUCAAACGGUCAGGACUAUCUUUCAAUUCAAUGUUAUUCAUUAUGUAUAAACAUUAAACUGUGGUACUGCGGCAGUUUUCUGUACAAAUCCAUCUGACAGAUUUGAGAGUCUUUGGUUGGAAAAGCCACUUUCUGUAGAUCAUAUACCGAUUGUAUUAUUAUUAUGUUAUAUGAAUUCAAAAACUUGUAUACGUCAUGAUAAUUUUUUUAGCAAUUAAUAAAACAAAAUUGACGUGACCCUGACCAAUUUCGUCAUUUAUUCCUCAAUCUGGGACUUCAUGUACAAAUAAUGAAGUAUGUUGCCACUAAAAAUACAUGUUAAUUAGAUUAAAAGCGAAAGAUGACUCACCAAACAUACCGGUAGUUUCUCCCAGCAAUCAUCAAUCCUGUUUUAUGCUUUUAUUUCUUCGAGAAAACAUCUGGUUGAAAACCCGUUGAAGACACCUGUUCAAGAAAGUAACAAUAUGAGAUUUGCAUUCGCAUAAGACAAAAGAGUACCAAAUAACCAAAAGUAGCGUCGAUUAAAAUAGCAGCUUAUUUUUUUUUGUGUCCUAAGACUUGUUGUCAAUACAAUAAUUAAAUGUCCAGCAGUCCUUUUUAAAAAAUUUAUAUAAGAAAAGAUUUUAUAAAGCGACAGUUAGACUGCAUAUCGUUAUUGUGUACACUGUAAAAACGUUGGGUAAAAUACUGUUGGGCAAUGUAAUUUACCCGAUAUUGGUAUGAUAUUACCUCAUAUUGGGUUGAAUUGGGUAAAAACUAUCAAAUUAUUGGGACCAGCACUGGUCGAAUUAUCAACCCAUUUUGCCCAACUUUUUUUUACAGUGUAGCGCUUAGAUAAUACGACUUAUUGAUGUCAUUAUUCAAAACAAAAUGGUAGAAAAAAUUGGUCGAAUUUUCUGUUCAAACAAAUUGACAAAAUAUUAUGGGAAAGGUCGGAUAGUUAGAAAUUUAGAUAUUGAAUUUGUAAAACCAAGUCAAUUUUUGAAUUCUCCGCAAAAACAGAGUGUUAAAUUGGUUGUUUUGUGCUAUGCCCAAUGAAGAUCAUGGGUAUAGAGAUUUUAUGUGAGAGGCCUGAAGCGGCCUGGAAAAUAGAAAGAGGCAGAUAUAAUUCUUUAGCCACAUCACAUUAAAUUUUGUAUUGUUUUCGAUAUAUUUUGUUUAAGUUAUUUUUAAUUUGUGUUAUAGUCUCUGUGUAACUAAGAAAGGCCCAGAACGUGUUUAUGAGCCUCAAUGUGUAAUGUGAUUUUGAUUUGAAAUACAAUCAUUUAACGCUUAACAUUUUCCUAGAAUAUGAGGUUUUAUAACUAUUAUUUUUUUAAAUAUAUUUUAUUAUCACUUACUUCGAACAACAAGACCUAUUCACCGGUAUUCGCCCCGUGACUUUUUUUUAUUCAACUCAUACAACGCGGCAACAGAGGGCGCUAUUUAGAUGAUUGACUGAUCAUGACAAACGUUAAAUCCGUGAUGCAUCAUAAAAGAGGCAUGAUUGAUAAAGGUCAAAGUGCAAAUUGGUUGCCAUCGAGACACAUUUUUUUGAGAGGGGGUAAAAGUCAGUGAAUGAAGUUUUUACUAUAUUAUUCGAAAGAUUUUUCGAACAAUGGUUUUCAAAUAAAUUACGUCAUUGGGAAAAUA